UCACCCUCGCUUACGGCAUCGUUCCGCCUUUACCAGCCUGCAGCCUCGUUACAAACUUCCCCUGCGCGGCUGGCCGGACACGCCUCGUCCUGCUCGGGAUCAGGGGACUUUUCCUCCUGCCGCGGAUCCUGCGCUGACCCCGGAAGUCCAGAUUCGCCCGCCUCUCCCCGGGAUCCCGGCGCCCGUCUCCGCGGCACAGGGCAGCAUUGGCCGGCCAGCCAGCGCUUUGGGUGCCGCACCUCCUGCUCCACCAAAGGCAGAUCCGCGUAUUUGGAAUUAGAGGAAGAUGGGGACGAGGGAUGAGGAGUACGACUACUUGUUUAAAGUGGUGCUGAUCGGAGACUCCGGCGUGGGCAAGAGCAACCUGCUGUCCCGCUUCACGCGCAACGAGUUCAACCUGGAGAGCAAGAGCACCAUCGGCGUGGAGUUCGCCACGCGCAGCAUCCAGGUGGACGGCAAGACGGUGAAGGCCCAGAUCUGGGACACGGCCGGACAGGAGCGGUACAGGGCCAUCACCUCGGCGUACUACCGGGGGGCUGUGGGGGCACUUCUGGUGUAUGACAUCGCCAAGCACCUGACUUACGAGAACGUGGAGCGCUGGCUGAAGGAGCUGCGCGACCACGCCGACAGCAACAUCGUCAUCAUGCUGGUGGGCAACAAGAGCGACCUGCGGCACCUGCGGGCCGUGCCCACCGACGAGGCGCGGGCAUUCGCAGAGAAGAAUGGCCUAUCUUUCCUGGAGACCUCAGCCUUGGAUUCCACCAACGUCGAGACGGCCUUCCAGACCAUCCUGACAGAAAUCUACCGCAUCGUGUCUCAGAAGCAGAUGUCCGACCGCCGAGAGAACGAGAUGUCUCCUAGCAACAACGUGGUGUCCAUCCAGGUGCAGCCGACGGAGAACAAACCAAAGGUGCAGUGCUGCCAGAAUAUCUAGCGGGGGCGCCUGCGAGGUUCCGGGAGCUUCUGCUCUUCCGGAAGGAGCUGCUUUGGGACAAGUUCACAGCUGUUUGAUGAAGGUCUAAGCAGGGAGGCUUGAUCUGAUUGGGUCACAUCUGGAGUACGGACUGGUAUUUUGCUGCCUUGGUAAAGCUGUUAGUUCACCACCUUCUGUUUUCUUAUUUAAAACUUUAUAUGUUUUCAGAUAGAGUAGAUCCUUGGUGUAUCGCUUCAGAGAGAGUGGUGGCUGGUAUGACAAUGACCUUGGACCGGCCACUGAUGCUGUGUAGCUGUCCUCUGCUCAGCUCAGCUCUCAUGCCCCAAACUUCCUUAAAUCCCCUGAGCUUGACCCCAGCCCCUUCAGUCGCGCGUAGGAUGAUGCAUCUUAAGCGGUUUUUGUUUGUUGAAUAAGAUUUUCUUAGAGGGCAUUAUAUCCAUGUCCAGUGUCAGUGUUCAUUGGUCGACCUUGUAUGAAACUGCAUUUUGGACUAAUGUUUUACAUCAGCCAAAAGUUGAGCUUUAGUUUUCAAAAAAAUAUAGAUGUUUAUAUAAGCCAUGAACAGAAUAUUGUAAUUUUUAAAUGUCAUGCAUAUUAAAUGCUGUAUCUGGUGGACCAAAGUCACCUUCCUUUCA